AUGCCGGCGUACGAACCCGAGACCAACUCGAACAGCAGCCUCAGACAGCAUGCCAUACUGCUGCCGCGCGAUCCUCCGGAUCCUAACGUUGAGACUGCAUUCCGCCAUCACGCUGAAUCUUUGCGCACCGUAAGUCGCAAGCGUCGAGCUCCACGCAAACGUGCUUCAACGGCAUGUCAAAGGUGUCGCAUCAAGAAGUUGAAAUGCGAAGGCCGACCAAUAUGCACAUAUUGUCAGAAAUACGGUGCCGAAUGUACCUACCAGACAUGGACUACUCCAGCAUCUGUUCCGUCGACCGCCUUUCUGCUGGAAAGGAUUGCCGCUCUCGAAGAAAAGCUAGAGGGGCUUUCGAGCGAAUCCCAGCCGCUUCGUUCGCCAGAGCAGAGCAUCCAAGAAUCCGACACUGUCCCAACAACCGGCGAUGAAAAUGGAAACCAUCAAGAACUUUACCUGACUCCAUCUUCCAGCGGCCUACCUUCGAAUCCCAUUGAUACCUCACCCAUACCGAUCACAGAUGUCUUGGGACAUCACAACAUCUUCCGUUCGGACCAAGUCGUAUCCCAAAACAUUCACGAAAGCCCGUACACCCACGAAAGCCGAGAUGCGUCGCCAGCAGGACCAGAAUCAGAAGGGAACAACGCCACAUCGACCCCUUUUGAGCGUUUCGAUCUCCAUGAUACCGCUGACAUCCUUCCGUUAAUGGAGCUUUAUUUGGAAUUGGUGUGUCCGCUUUUCCCGAUGAUCUGCGACGUAUACCUUUGGGAAGCGGCUUCGACAGUUGUGGCGACAGGUUUCAAGAACGACCUGUAUUCUUGCAUGGUGUCCUUUGUGAUGCUGCUGGCGAAAGCCUAUUCUUCGUCAUCGGUCGAUCCUGAUGAGUCCAGCGUGUUCUCUGAAACUGUGCAUCGAUUAAGCUCCCUCCCUGUUCAGUUGACCCUUGAUUAUGCGCACACCCAAGUUUUAUGUUCUCUUUUUCUGCUCAAGAGACAUCGGCUGCUCGAAGCGUGGCACUGGCUUCAUGCAGGUUGCACUACCCUGUAUACUGUCAUCAAAUGGGAAGAAACAAGAAACCUUUACAAGACCGAUGUAGAGAAGAAUACUAUUCUGCGGACGUACUGGAUCUGUCACAACUUGGAGAGAGAUUUGACCUCCGAAAUCGACGUGCUUCCCAGCAGUCGUCUUUCAGAGCUGGAAGACCAGAUGCCUCUUCCGCUCGGAUGUGAUGAGGCAUCACUGAGCCAUCUGGAAAAGACGCGUCGAAUCAAGUAUCUGUUCUUCCUUGCCGACACAUCGUUGAGAAGUAUCCUAGCAAGAAUUGACGGCAUGUGCUCUGAAUUCAAAGCGUCGCCAGUGUCAAGUCAAUGGCCAGGUAAUGUGGCGCUGUCUCCGGUCGCAGUCGAACUUAAGAGUCAAUUGGCCGCUUGGGAUAAGAAUGUGCCGCCAUCGCUGGAUUGGUCUCCAUGUCCCAGCGAAAAUAUCCCGUCGCUGAUCCGCACGCGGUUGAGGCUGUUGUACUGGUUAGCACAGUUCCGCCUGGGCGAACCUGUAGUCAUUGCAGUAGUGGGCAACACGCGUGCGGAGUUCAACAUUGACGUCUGGAGCUCACUCAUGCAUGGCCUUUCGUCCGGGUACACUCUAGCCAGGACCCUAGUAAGAGAAGGUGUUCAGAUCGAUGCAAUCAUGGGCAAAAGGGUCUUGGCUGCAAUUUCACUCCUUGAGAAAACAUUGGACAAGUCUAGUCUCCAACAGCUGCAGCCAAGCGACUCGAGGGAGAUUCUUGAGUGUGGAAGGCGGCUUCUGAAGGAGCAGCUGAAAGGAGCCUCUGGUACAUGGCCUUGGGAAAUCACAUGA